CCCGCUCCCUCAGGCGCUCGCCUCCCCGUCUCCUUCGCCCCGCCGCUGCCGCCCGUGAGAAAGGGCGAGGCCUCUCCCUCCGGGCCCGAUCCUGAGGAGAAUUCUCCUCCGGCGCCUGGCGGCGGGGCGUGUGCAUGGGAAUGGCGGGCAGGAGGAGGAGGAAGAAGAAGAGGCGGAGGCGGCCAUUCCUUCUUCCCGCCUCCUUCUCCUCCUCCCUCUCCCAGCCGGGUCCGGAGUGCCAGGCAGGCAAGGGGCCCUUGAAGGCGCCUCACGCUGCCCGCCUGGCCCUGCGCGACCGAGAGGAGGCCAAGAGGACGACGGCGGCUGCGGGGUAAAGGAGGGCGGGAAGGGGGCGGCCAUUGGGGGAAGCCGGAACCAAAUAAUAGAGUUCAUGGGGAAAGUUCAUGGGAUUUUGGGGGGGGGAACGGGGGGCGGCGUGGUUUUAAGAAGCUCUGGGGAAUAGGGGGGCUCUUGAGGUUGGAGGGGGAAAGGGGUGUUAGGGAAACUGGGGCCCCCCCUCUCUCUCCCCACACACAGGGAAAAAUAAGAAGAAGAAUAAGGGCGUCGGGAGAAGGCGGGAUGCAACACAAGCCGAAGUUAUGUUGCGAAAAGAAAGUCACUUUGCAAAAAUGCAAUAUAUAUGCGCAACUGUUGCAUUUUUGCAAAGUGACUUUCUUUUCUAUAUGUGUGUGUGUGUGUGUGUGUGUGUGUGUGUGUGUAUAUAGUGUGUGUGUGUGUGUGUGUGUAUAUAUAUAUAUAUGUACAUAUAUAUAACACAAAGCAACAUGUUGCUUUAUCAUUUCUUUUCAAUAUAUAUGUAUGUGUAUAUUAAUAUAAUAUAUAUAUAUAUAUGUGUGUGUGUGUGUGUGUGUACAUAUAUAUGUAUGUAUAUAUAUAUGUGUGUGUGUGUGUGUAUAUAUAUAUAUAUAUGUGUGUGUGUGUGUGUGUGUGUGCGUGUGUAUGUAUAUAUGUAUAUAUAUAUAACACAAAGCAACAUGUUGCUUUAUCAUUUCUUUCUUUUCAAUAUAUAUGUAUUUGUAUAUUAAUAUAAUAUAUAUAUGUGUGUGUGUGUGUGUGUGUACAUAUAUAUGUAUGUAUAUAUAUAUGUGUGUGUGUGUGUGUAUGUAUAUAUGUAUGUGUGUAUAUAUAUAUAUAUAUAUAUAUAACACAAAGCGACUUGUUGCUUUAUCCUUACAGCAUUCCCCCGUUGCCUUUCGCCGAACGGCUCUCUUAAAGCGCCGAUGUUAUGCUUUGCAAAAUGCAGCGAGCUGAAGUUCUUUUGCAUUGCAUUAGAUUGUUGUAAGAUGUGCAUGUUUUGUUUCUUCAGCUUGUAAACCGCCUUGAGUCUUGUAAGAUAGAAAGACGGUAUACAAAUUAAAAAUGAUGAUGAUGAAGGAAGUGCGAUAGGGGUACAGUAUUUGCAAAAUGCAGCGAGCUGCAGUUAUUUUGUAUUGCAUUAGAUUGUUGUAAGAUGUACCGGUACCUUUUUUGUUUCUUCAGCUUGUCAACCGCCUUGAGUAUUGCAAGAUAGAAAGACGGUAUACAAAUUAAAAAUGAUGAUGAUGAAAGCGCAAUAGUUAUUUGCAAAAUGCAACCUUGACACCGUUUUUCUUGAUGAGAGAGGAGGAAAGGGUGCAAAUCAAGAUAACAUAAUUUUGUAAAAUGCAAUAUUUAUAUUGGUUAGGUUUUGCAAAACAACAUUGUCCCAACACAGUUUCUUUUCUGUGUAUGGGUCUCUUUCCUUUUCUCCUUCUCCCUCCUGGUCUAUCCCUGCUGUGAGGGCACCAGCUGCUUUGCUCAGCCUCCUUGGCUCCUUCAACAAACUUCUCUCUCUCUUUUCCCCCCUGCUCACACCGGUGCUGGUUUUAUUUUUAUUUUUAUUUUUAUUUUUAUUUCCUCCUCCCAAACCCGCUCCAGCAAACCAGAGGUGAGGAGCUGUUUUCGUCUUUCUUUGGCUCGGGUUUGUGUCUCUUGGCCCAACACAUUUGCUUUUUUCCUUAGCUCUUCUUUCCUCCCUUGGAAGUCCAGUGUUUUGUUUUCGUUUUUAAGGAAAAAGUUUUAGGAACAUUGAAAAGUUUCCUUUUGCCGGUCGUCAUCUCAAGGGGCUUAAAAGGGGGGAGAAUGUUGAAAUUUGUCUUGGCUUUUUAAAAAUAAUUUUUAUUGGGUUUUCAAGAAUAAAAUAUGUAAGCAGAGCAAGUUAUCUUUUGAAUAAAAUAUGCUGAUACAGUUGCAUUGCACUAUACUACAGUACUUUCCUCGCUCUGCAGAAAUGUGGAACUUUUAAGAACAUUGUAAGCUCCUUUUAACAACUUUAGCUGGCUCGGAGUUCCUAGCAUGUGAGUGGCAAAGAGGAUCCUUUUAUUAUGGGUGAAUGAGUGUGAAGGUAAUUUCUGAGCAGCUUCCAGAUGCCCUCUGAAAUGUGUCUGGGUGGGUAAAAAUAGCACCUACUUUUGAGUAACAUACUUCUCUGUUUUAUGGAACUAAGAAACAUAGGUUCAAGCAGGUGUUACGGAUUAAUUUUCAGCAUCCCCGUCCCUCCCCAAAUAGCAAUUUGUUAUUGGUUUUUAUGCCUAGAUGUUUUUAGGGCCAGAGUGCCUUUCAGGAGAGAAAAGGUCCAUGGCCAUCUGCAGCUGCGUGCCUGAAACCAACACUAUAAACAGGUUUCUCAAAAUUCAGCACAGUCUUGCCAGGUUGCUGUUAGCUAAGAUUAUCAGGGCAUUCUCAGGUGCAUUUUUCUAAAAUCUAGAAUGCUGGCAACAGAAAAUUUGUGAUGGGGGGUGGAAGUACACUGUUAGCAGUCUGUGCGAGUGAUAUUCCUCCAGUAAGCAUCCUGUAGCCAUUGCUGAGGUCCAGAAAGCUGCUCUUAGGUGCUUAUAACCAAGAGGGUGACAUAAAGGACAUUCCACGUUUCCUUAGCUUGCUCCAAACCCAUCAUGGUUUUGACUAAUCAACCUUUGCCAGCUUCAGGCAUGUGGAAGAAGCUCCCUAGCUAGGGAGCCAGUUUCUGGAAAUGAUGUAAGGACCCCUCCAGAUGUCAUUUUUUUAUUGCACAUGCAUGAUGAUUCGUGCUCAUGAUGCUAUUGGGGCAGUCAUACAAUAUCUCACUUUAUUUUUUUCCCCUUUAAAUUUUUUUUAUUGGUUUUUCAAAAUUUUAUACAUUUUCACUUUAACCCUUUCUAAACAUUAAAAUAAAAAGUUCUUGCAAACCUUCGGACCUCCUUCCCUUCCUCCUCGGGUUCCAUAUUCAAAGAAAUUAUAUUAUUUCUUUUUCUGCAUCUAUCUGUUGUAUACCCAUAAUUACCAAAGUUCAUUUCACAUUACAAGUGCCAUUGUAUCCCUGCCAAUGAUUUUAACUGUUUACAGUGGUCUCUUAAGUAUAUUAAAAAUUUAUUCCAGUCUUUUGAAAAUACUUGAUCUUCCUGGUUUCUGAUCUUUCCCGUCAGUCUCACCAUCUCUGCGUACUCCAUCAACUUGGUCUGCCAUUCUUUUCUGGUGGAUACUUCUUCCUCCUUCCAUCUCUGGGCUAGAAGCAUUCUCGUUGCGUCGUUGCAGACAUGAAAAGUAUUUAGUCUUCUCUUGGUAUCUCUUCACCUAUUAUACCUAACAGAAAAGCUUCUGGUUUUUUAACAAAAGUUUUCUUAAACAUUUUCUUUAACUCACUCUAUAUCGUUUCCCAGGAAGCUUUUACCACUCCGCAAGACCACCACAUAUGGUCAAAGGUACCCUCUUUCCCUUUACAUUUCCAACACAGAUUUGAACUAGUUCUGUACAUUUUCACAAUUUUACUCAGUGUUAGAUACCAACGGUACAUCAUUUUCAUAUCGUUUUCCUUCAACAAACAGCACGCAGUAAAUUUUAGAUCCUCUUUCCAUAACUUUUCCCAUGAUGAAAAUUGGAUAUUAUAUCCAAAAUCUCUUGCCCAGUGAAUCAUCACUGCCGUAACUUCUUCAUCUUUUGGAUACCAUUCUAAAAGUAAUUUGUACAUUCACAUUAUUUUCCAACAGAUCUAUUUCAGACCUCAACCUCUGUGUAUCAAAACCUUUUUUCUUAUCUACUUUAAAGACAUUGUUUAAUUGAUGGUACUGUAACCAAUCUGUUAAUAACUAUGUCUUCAAAUGUUUUCAGUUUUAGUUGGCCUUCUGCUGUUAACAAAUCUUUGAGUGGACACUUACAAUAUCCCACUUUCAAUACUGUUCGCGCAUGCAAACAUUUUGCAGUGGUCACCUCAUUUUCAGUCAGUGCCUAUCCUCUGAUUUCCUGCUGAACUCCUGUAACUUUUUGUACCAGUUACAAUGCUGUUUGCCGUUCAUAAACAUGUGGCACUCAUCUUGUUCUUUAUUCAAAAGCCUUGUUUUGUAAAUGUAUACAUCUAGACACCCAGUGUUGAGAAACAGUUUGGGGUUGUGUUAAAACACGUUCUCAUUAUUUUUAAAUUGGAGGCAGUAAUCUUCGCAUCAGCUUCCCAGCUAGAACUUUCCCCUCCUGUUUUUUAGCCACAAUUCAUUUAUUUCAGGUCCUGUCCUUUCUCACUAAACCUUGAUUAGAAAUAAAAAUGUAAAGCUUUCUUUUUUAAAAAGUUUGAAGUCUGUAGAAAAGUAGUAUAGGAUUAUUCAAGAACGGCUUUUGACACAUGCUGGACUGAGUGUGGAAAACCCACAGAGAAAACAAAAAACUGUUUUAGGAGCAUGUGGUAAGGAUGAAAGAGACCUAAUUUCUGCUUCUGUAAAUGUAGAUGCUUCAAUUGCUGCCUUUUUUAUAUUUCAGUGCUGUCUGAAAGUUCCAGAAAUCUCCCACUUUCAAGAAAGAUGAGGUUGUGGUACUGUACAGCGGCGGCACUUACUAGUCUGCUGUUCUUCUGGAUCCCAUCCUCAAUGUGCUGCAACAAGGCUCUCUGUGCAAGCGAUGUCAGCAAGUGUUUAAUACAGGUAGGAGAUAAUACAGUUUUUGUUGAAAAUGGGUAGGAAAGUACAGGUUGGCUGUUAACAGCAUGAAUGUAUGUGAUGAAUAAGUAAUCCUGAAAUAAGAAGCAAAAUAAAAAUGAAAUUUGUGUCGGCAUGAACAGGAGUUUUGUUUCUACCUUUCUUCCAAAUGUUCAUUUGUCUUAGAACAAAUAAAAAAUCAGCCUUACAGUGGAUAAUAUUGUGGAGUCAAACGGAUUAAUUAGAUGAAUUGCCACUCUAACAUGCAUUUUGUGCCUUUAAUCUAUUUUCUCUUCCCCGUAGUAUGAGCUUAUUUGGGGAAUGAAUGCAAAACCUUACCUUCUUUUCUCAUAAUAGGGUAUAGCCAAUCCCCAACCAACUCAGAGUAGACAUAUUGAAAUCGAUGAACCUAAGUUAACCAUAGUUCAGUAGCACCUUAGAGACCAACUAAAUUUGUUCUGGGUAUAAAGCUUAUACCUAGAACAAGCUUAGUUGGCCUCUGAGGUGCUACUGGACUAUUUUUUGACUGCGUCAGACCAACACAGCUUCCUACCUGAAUCUAAGUUAACCGUGUCCGUUGUAGGACAAGCAUUAGCUAUAGCCCUUGAACAAUAUACAAUGUAGGCUUUGGCAGAUUUAGCUUUCUGAGAUAAAUGUUAAAUAUCUGUAGGAGACUGAAUGUGCUGUGGUGAGAAUAAUGAAAUAAUGAUGAAUUGAAACUGCAGUAAUGAAAUUACUGUUUACCAUAACAGCCAGGUUGUCAGAAGUUGCAAUUUCAGAAUAGUAAUGCACUAAUUGAAUAUGCUGGGUGGUAUUCAGUGCUAAUCCUAGUCAGAGUAGAUCAGGGGUGGCCAACUCCCAAGAAACUAUGAUCUACUCACAGAGUUAAAAACUGGGAGUGAUCUACCCCCUGUUUUGGGGGGUUCAGGUCAAAUUUGUUGAGGUAUUUUUUGGGAGGAAGAAAGCCCAGUUUUUUAGGGGUUCAGGGCAAAUACGUUGAGCUUUUCUUACGGGAGACAAACUUGUUGAGCUUCUUUGGGGGAGCCAGUGAUCUACCGCAGACGUCCAGUGAUCUACCGGUAGGUCACGAUCUACCUGUUGGACGUGCCUGGAGUAGACCCAUCGGAGUUAAUGGAGAUCACUAAUUUAGGUUCAUUAUUUUCAGUGGGUCUGCUAAGUUGCAUACAGCCCAGUGAAAAAUUAUAGGAUGGGCUAGCCACAGUGACUGGUGCUCUCCCAACUUCCUGGCUGAACUAUCGUAAUGCACUCUUUGUAGAGCUGCCCUUGAGGACCGUUUGGAAUAUACAAUUACUCGAGACCACAGUGGCCGAAAUGUUAACCUGUGCAACCAGAAUCAAGUAACACCCCUUCUGAAAUGUUGGCAGUGGCUCCCUCUGGACAGAAUGCAAAGUGUUGGUGUUGACCUGCGAAUCCCUAAAUGACUUGGGGGCCCAAAUACCUGAAUUAGUGCCUCGCCCUGCAACAACCUUGCUGCUCUUAUACCUGGAGGGAAGACCCUUUUCAUCAUCACCCAGCCAGGAGUAGUGAAUUAUGUGGUGAAAACAGGACGGGGCCUUUUCCGUGGCAGUGGCUAUGGGGUGCCUUCUCCCUUGCUUUUGUCAUUUGGGUGCCAAGUAAAAAUUCAACUUCCCCAGCCUUUGGGAAAUUAAUAGGAAUUUAUUCUCUGCUGCAAGUGGGAGAACUGAGGUCGUGGCCCCCUGAGCACAGGCUGAUUUCCCCCCCUGUUUUAAUCACUGAACUGAAUUGGUUUCAUUGCAGUGUCGUUUUUAUUGUUAUGAAGGACAGGCUAAACAUUUGCGUAUAAAAAUAAAGUUCAGCAACUGCUGAUGUGUGGGAAUCACAGUUCCCAGAAAUCAAUGAUGACCCAACAUGGUUAAACAGGAGUGUUUCCUUAAAACAUGAUUCUGUUUCUUUCGCAAAGGGUAAUCUCAGAAUAAUCCUUCAAGUUACCGUGUGAGUUACCUUGAGGGCAGUCUGCUCUGAAUCUUGUUUGUAUGCGCAAGCUUAGAGAAGAGUGACUCACAAGAAGGACAAGCCCAAGACUUGCUAAUUAAAGGGUUGGCUACACCCACCACCCUAUUUUUAAAAAUGUGUAUUUAACUUGAGCAAUAUUGAACAUACCAUGCAAAAGCUCUGAUUACCUAGAAUUGAACCCAGGGGUAAUCUAGUCCUAACUCCUUGCAGUGCAGGAAAUGCUUAUAUGCUAGGUUGUCUUUAUAUAAUUAUAUUUUUUUAAAAAAUAAGAUGAGGCAAGUGCUAAGGUUUUUGAUAUGAUAAUCAGCUAAUUCAGAAGAUACCGAGACAUUGUGUAAAGUGAAGGCGAGGUCAUAUUCAGCACUUAAAGUGCAAAAACCUUAGUUAAGCCAAUUUUAAUUAUGCUGAAUCCAUGUCUCUGAUUCUUUGUAUAUUUCUGCCGGUGGGAAAUGCCGCUCCUAUUAUGUAAAACACAAUGUGUAAAAUAGCCAUGGUAAUUGUUGUUGGCAUAUAUCUGUCUCGAGAGGCAGUGGAGUACCAUAGUAAUGUACUUUUAAUUUUGAAACUUGACACACUUCAACAUUGCUGCUUGGGGGGGCGGGGCGCGGAAGCGUCCUUCAGUAUUGCUAGCUAUGUUUGAUGGGUCAUGCCUGGGUCCCUUUGAAACUCAUGGAACAUUCAUAUCUGAUUUAAGAGGAACGGAUAUGACCAACUUUUUGUAGGUUGAAGAUUCCAUGUAUAAUGAAAGCAGGUCCCUGAACUCAAGAUGCGGGAAGAUGAUUAAGCAAGAUCCAUUGCUCUAAAUUCUUUCACUCUGUGAAGUAGAAGAGGUUGUGUUCAUUAUACUGCCUUUUCCAGAAUGUGGGAAGGAUGAUCUGCAUAAAUAUUUAUUUUAUCAGCUCUGUAACAGAUGUGAAUGAGAUCAACAGUUUCUUGUCUUGAGACAUGUUUCAUUUGCGUUGUGGCCCUGGAUGAGUCUUUUAAAUAUCCUGUUAGUCAUUUCUUCUUCCCUGAGAACUUUGGCUUUAAUAAAAUUCUUGGCAGUCUGCAUGUUAACCCAUAGAUAGUUUAUGUCAGGCUUCCUCAACCUCAGCCCUCCAGAUGUUGUUGGCCUACAACUCCCAUGAUCCCUAGCUAGCAGGACCAGUGGUCAGGGAUGAUGGGAAUUGUAGUCUCAAAACAUCUGGAGGGCCGAGCUUGAGGAAGCCUGGCUUAUAUGCAUUACAGUGAGCUAGCAGGGGGGAAACUAGAGCUAUGCAAUAUAGCUUGAGUACAUCCUACUUUAUUUUAAACACUUAUUAAUAUAUAUACUUGCACUGGUGAGAGUUUUAUUAAAUAAUACAUGGUAAUUUUGCAUAGCAGAAGUUACUGUGCUUCCAAAUGGUAGUGGAGCCAAAAAGAUGAUUUGCUAUCUGCACGGUACAUAGCAAAUGUGCAAUUAAAAACAACCCCUCUUAAAUAAUGGUUUGUGUGGCUGUUUUUGCAAUUGUAUAUGGAUAAGGGCCUCUCCAGGCUGGAGCUUUAUUGCAGGUGUAUUUUGCAACAUAUUUUUGACACAAUAAUGCCUUGGUGGUGGAUUUAUUCUGCUCUGUGAUUCCCCACCGUCCCCCACCGCCCAAUGUUACCACAUUAUUGCUGUCUGGAGAGUCUAUAGUGCAACAAAAGUGGGGGGGGGGGGGGACGGGAAAACAAAGCAGAAUAUUUGUUUCCUAUGUACGUUCCUAACAAAGCUUCCUAUGCAUGUUCCUAACUGUGGCAGUUGUGGGGGAAGGCAUUUGUCUCCCUUGGUAUUUUAUGCGCAGAAAUAUCUAACUUGUGUGUUGUGUUUCCAGGAGCUGUGUCAAUGCCGGCCUGUUGAAGGGAACUGUUCCUGUUGCAAGGAGUGCAUGUUGUGUCUGGGCACACUGUGGGACGAGUGCUGUGACUGUGUUGGUAAGUUCAUUCGUUCUUUAUCACCUAAUACGGCCUUGGCUGCUUCAGAUACUCAUGUCGACUGCUUUGGAUCUGUGGCUUUUAAGAGCCAUGUCAAUACAAUAGAGCAGAGCAUACACAGAAUCCAGGGCUUUAGGGCAGUGGGUUCCCAAUUGGUGGUCUACGGGACCGUCUAGAGGACUGAGGAGUAGCUCCAACGCCUCCUCUGGUAGAUCUGGGGGUUCUCCAUCAAGCCUCUGUCUGGAGGGGCCCCCUCAAGCAGAUCCCCAUCACUGGAUUCAGGGAACCCUGCCUGCUACUCAGGGUCCUUGCCCUUUGGGGUGUCUGGUUCAUCAUGUCUGGUGCCAUGUCAGGGCUAGCCAUGGCACUCACUGGAAAAAAGUAGGGUAUAAAGGUAAAGGGACCCCUGACCAUUAGGUCCAGUCGUGACCGACUCUGGGGUUGCGGCGCUCAUCUUGCUUUAUUGGCCGAGGGAGCCGGCAUACAGCUUCCGGGUCAUGUGGCCAGCAUGACUAAGCCGCUUCUGGCGAACCAGAGCAGCGCACGGAAAUGCCGUUUACCUUCCCACCGGAGCGGUACCUAUUUAUCUACUUGCACUGUGCUUUCGAACUGCUAGGUUGGCAGGAGCAGGGACCGAGCAACGGGAGCUCACCCCGUCGCGGGGAUUCAAACUGCCGACCUUCUGAUCGGCAAGUCCUAGGCUCUGUGGUUUAACCCACAGCGCCACCCGCAUCCCUAGGGUAUACCCAUGAGCUAGAUUUACAGUCAUACCUCGGGUUGCAGAUGCUUCAGGUUACGGAUUCGCCGAAACCCAGAAGUACUGGAAUGGGUUAGUUCCGGGUUUUGGCGAUUGCGCAUGUGCAAAAGUGCUAAGUCGCGCGUGCGCAGAAGCACCGAAUUGCAACCCGCACAUUCUCCACCCAAGCAUCCACUGUAUUAGGGACGGAGAAACAGCUCUACACAUCUGUGUCUAUGGUCCCGUUCGUAUGUUGGAAGAGCGAUAUAGUUGCUGCUGCCCUAUGAGCUGAAUCAUGCACUAUUCCAGUAGCUUCCCCAAACAGGAACCACAGGACUGAGGUGCAAUGACGUCGCUCUUCCCCACAUCAAGGGUGACUUGUUCCGUAGAAGGGAGGGGGCAGCAGUGGGGUGUCAAAGAACUUGGUUGUUCAUCCAUCCUGUGUUCCACUUCACAAGCAUACAGGGGAGAUUAAUUUCGCUUAACCACACUGUUUUGGUAAUUCAUGAAUUGAGCCCCCUACUAGAGCCUGCCCUGUCCCACUGAUUAAGUUUCCUUAUGGCUGAUGUUUCAGAGCCUUGUGGCUUAUUUAUGCAGUAUUUCAGGCUGCUGUAGGCCAAAUGGAGAUGAUGUUGAUUUUUACCAUAUUUGUAUCUGACAGCCUGUUCUCCUGACCACUGACCCAAAUCCUGAAUUUAUACAGCCGAGGGUUAUUUUGGCUAAAUAGUCCGUUUUUCAUGCUGUCUCCCGGGAUGGAUGUGAAGUGUGGGGGGGGGGGUCAUGUGCAGAAGUUAAUGAUUCCCUGCGUCUCCUCCACCUUGGGCUGGCCAUCAUUCAACGCAUCCCAGGGGGCAAUGGCGCACUGGUUGAAAACGACUGGUGUAAAAUAGUGGGGGCCGUGCAGAAUAAAUGGAUUGUGAUGCUAUUUUUGUAGUUUAGCAGCCAAAUACAACAAAACAAUUCUUCAGAAUUUAGUUUCUACAUCCUGUUACGGUCAUACCUCAUGUUACAGAUGCUUCAGGUUGUGGGGUUUUUUUGGGUUACGGACCGCCGAAACCCGAAAGUACCAGAACGGGUUACUUCCGGAUUUCGGCAGUCGCGUAGAAGCGCUAAAUUGUACUUUGCGCAUGCGCAGAAGCGCUGAAUUGCAACAUGCGCAGAUGCGCCGCUGCAGGUUGCGAACGUGCAUCCCGCACGGAUCACGUUUGCAACCCGAGUGUCCACUGUACUUUUAAACUGUGUGUAUGAGAGCACGCACACACACACGUUGUGUUUGGGAAAGUAAUCCGUAUGCUAUUAUUACCCUAAAGUAAGAUGCUGGUGAGUUCGUACAGAUGUGUUUUUCAAAGUGCAUUAAAUGAGGAAAGUGAUACUUUCAAUAGAGCUUUCAUGCAUAUGGCAUGGAGUAUAUUUAGCUAUGCCGUGAAAUGGAAGCAGUGUCUCAUGUGUCAUUGACUAUGUGCUUAUGUCACACCUUUGGCUAGUGAAGUUGCUUCUGUAAUUCUGGCAAGAGAUUAAACUCCUGGGUAAACAAAAUUGCAUUCUUGAAUUGUGAUCAAAGAAGCUUUGCACAAAUUUGACACUUUCCCAAGAAAAGGUGAUUUGUAAUUUCAUCCUGUGUCACAAGGAGGCAAAAAAGGCUUUGGUGUCUGUGAGACAGAAUAAGAAACUUGAGGUUCAUAGUGUGUCCUCCCCCCCAAAAGCUGCCUACCCUUUUCCACCAGGCUUAAAUGGAAGGUGAUGUCUUGGUAUUUUUUGCUUCUUAAAGCACAUUGCAGUAAUCCAGCCUUAAGGUUACCAGUGCAUGUACUACUACAGUGUUGAAGUUAUCCUGAUCCAGAUGGGCUGUUGGUUGGGAGCUGGUAAAAGGCACCUUGUCUAAUGGAAAAGCUUUACCCUGGAAUAUCUCCAAGCUAUGCGCUUGCUCCUUUAAAGAGAUUAGCCAUGCUACAGACUCAAGCAUCACCCAAAAUAAGUACAGUGGUACCUCGGGUUACGGACGCUUCAGGUUACGGACGCUUCAGGUUACAAACUCCGCUAACCCAGAAAUAGUGCUUCAGGUUAAGAACUUUGCUUCAGGAUGAGAACAGAAGUCGUGCUCUGGUGGCGCGGCGGCAGCUGGAGGCCCCAUUAGCUAAAGUGGUGCUUCAGGUUAAGAACAGUUUCAGGUUAAGAACGGACCUCCGGAACGAAUUAAUUACUUAACCCGAGGUACCACUGUACCUGGAAGGUGAAAGGGGCAAGACGAACUUUUUAUUUAAACUGUCUUGAGGGCUUUCCUACACGGUAGAGCGGUGUAUAAACUGUGUGAAAUAAAUAAAUAAGCUUCAGGUCUUACCAGCGCUCCCCACUCAUGAUUUGAAGUUGAACAUUUCGCCUUUCCAAAAAAUGCUGCUUCUUAUAGGUGUGUUUUCUUUUCAUUUUGUACCAACACCUGACCAAUGAGGAAUUUGUCAGCAAAUGGCAGAAAACCAUGGCUAAAAAAGCCACCUCUAUUGGUCUGUCUCCCCCCCAACUGUAUUACCUGGGUUAUGAAGGCGCCCAAAAGAUUUUAAAGCAAAGAUUAUGGGACAAUGCACACAGUGACUUGCGAUCUCGAUCACACGCAGUCUGUAGUCCGCUGGCAGUAGGAGUUCAAUAUGGGUAUGUCUUUAAGUUAACAUCUUACAUCAAAAACCUGACAGUACCUAACUACCGAAGGCUUUUCACCAAAGCCAGACUAAAUGUCUUCUCCUCUGCAGUGUUGGAUGGUAGGUUGAGAGGCGUUCCCUACCAGGACAGACUUUGCUCGUGUGCUCAAGACAUCGAUUCCAUAAAUCAUAUUUUGUUGCAUUGUACAAAAUAUGAGCAGGCCAGGGCUGAACUGAUACUACUCUUGCUGGUACCUUUCCCGGGAAAAUCAGAGGCUCACUAUGUCAGGUUCCUACUGGAAGACCGGACAAAAGCUAGAACGUUAGCAGCGGCAAAGCCUUUCAUAUAAUCAUAUAUAAUCAUAGAGUUGGAAGAGACCACAAGGGCCAUCGAGUCCAACCCCCUGCCAAGCAGGAAACACCAUCAGAGCACUCCUGACAUAUGGUUGUCAAGCCUCUGCUUAAAGACCUCCAAAGAAGGAGACUCCACCACACUCCUUGGCAGCAAAUUCCACUGUCGGAACAGCUCUUACUGUCAGGAAGUUCUUCCUAAUGUUUAGGUGGAAUCUUCUUUCUUGUAGUUUGGAUCCAUUGCUCCGUGUCCGCUUCUCCGGAGCAGCAGAAAACAACCUUUCUCCCUCCUCUAUGUGACAUCCUUUUAUAUAUUUGAACAUGGCUAUCAUAUCACCCCUUAACCUCCUCUUCUCCAGGCUAAAUAUGCCCAGCUCUCUUAGCCGUUCCUCAUAAGGCAUCGUUUCCAGGCCUUUGACCAUUUUGGUUGCCCUCCUCUGGACACGUUCCAGUUUGUCAAUGUCCUUCUUGAACUGUGGUGCCCAGAACUGGGCACCACAGAACUUUAUCGGUGGUUGCAAGAACAAACGAGCCCUAUAUUCUAAACAAAAUGCUUGAUUAACCUGGAGGUAGGCUGUAUGAAUUGUGUAUUGAUUUGUAAUGAUUUGUUGGGUCUCUGGACCGUAAUAAAGAUUGAUUGAUUCAUUUUGCUCACCUCCAGGUAUGUGCAACCCUCGCAAUUAUAGCGACACGCCUCCCACGUCCAAGAGUACCGUUGAGGAACUGCACGGGCCGAUCCCCUCGCUUUUCCGAGCACUUACAGAAGGGGAUACCCAGCUGCACUGGAAUAUUGUUUCGUUCCCCGUCGCGGAAGAGCUGUCCCACCACGAGAACUUGGUCUCCAUUUUAGAGUCGGUGAACCACCCCCAACACCAGAACGUCUCCGUUUCAAGCAACAACGUCCACACGCCGUUCUCCAGCGACAAAGGUAAGCAGGCUGCUGUGUGAAGACUGAGCUCUUAGAAUUGGGGUUGAGUUCGUUCGUUUGGAAAAGAGAGGAAGGAAGAAUGAUGCGUUAGCUGCUGUUUUAAAGUACAGUGGUACCUCUGGUUACGUACUUAAUUUGUUGCAGAGGUCCAUUCUUAACCUGAAACUGUUCUUAACCUGAAGCACCUCUUUAGCUAAUGGGGCCUCCUGCUGCUGCCGCGCCGCUGGAGCACGAUUUCUGUUCUCAUCCUGAAGCAAAGUUCUUAACCCGAGGUACUAUUUCUGGGUUAGCGGAGUAUGUAACCUGAAGCGUAUGUAACCCAAAGUGUAUGUAACCCGAGGUACCACUGUACAGCCAAGCAUUGUCAUGGUUCCAAAGUGUGGGGCUAUGUCUGGUCCACGGAUUAUGGUGAAUUACUGCCUACAUUUGAAUCCCAUGGCUUCCCUCAGAGAGUCCUAGGAACUGUAGUUUGGUCAGGGUGCUGGGAACUGUAGUUCUGUGAGGGUAAACUGUUCCUCCCAGGAUUUUUUGGAGAAAAGCUUUAAAAUCAGGGGUCAGCAAACUUUUUCAGCAGGGGGGCGGUCCACUGUCCCUCAGACCUUGCGGGGGGCCGGUCUAUAUUUUUUUGGGGGGGGGGGAAAGAAUGAACGAAUUCCUAUGCCCCACAAAUAACCCAGAGAUGCAUUUUAAAUAAAAGCACACUUUCUACUCAUGUAAAAACACACUGAUUCCUGAACCGUCCUGGCAUCUGGGAUUCAGAAUUUUUCUUCUUCUUGUUUUCAUCUUCCAAAAACUAGGGGCGUCUUAUGGUCUGGUGUGCCUUAUAGAGUGAAAAAUACGAUAUGUUGUGGCUGCAACCAAUGGGUCUUUCGAACUGAUUUUUAAUAUUUAGUGUUGUGUUUACUUUCUCUGCUGUAUCGCAGCCCAAGGUCUCCAGAGAAGGGGGGAGAGAUAAAUAGAUAAGAGCAGGCAUCCCCAAACUCGGCCCUCCAGGUGUUUUGGGACUCCAACUCACAUCAUCCCUAGCUAACAGGACCAGUGGUCAGGGAUGAUGGGAAUUGUGGUCCCAAAACAUCUGGAGGGCCGAGUUUGGGGAUGCCUGGAUAAGAGUGUGCAGAGCAGAAGGAGACAAUGGUUAUUCCGAUUUUGCUACUGCAAUAAUUCCACACGGGACAUACCGUAUUUUUCGCUUUAUAAGACACACUUUCCCCCUCCUAAAUAGUAAGAGGAAAUGUGUGAGCGUCUUAUGGAGCGAAUGCAGGCGGGAGGCUCUGCUCAGCGCUCCCUUUAAAGAGCCGCACACACGCUCGCGCGCUCUUUAAAGGGAGCGCGGCUCUUGGGGGAGCCUUAGCCGCGCGCAGCCUCUCCCGGGCAGGGGAUGAAGGCUCCCCUUGCCUGGGAGAGGCUGCGCGUGGCUAUCCCAUAAGCCAGGACAGCCAGUGGGAUCGCUGCGCUGCUAUCCCGCUUGCUGUCCUGGCUUAUGGGAUUCAGAAUAUUUUUUUUUCUUGUUUUCCUCUUCCAAAAACUAGGUGCAUCUUAUGGUCUGGUGCGUCUUAUAGAGUGAAAAAUACGGGACUUUAUUUUAAACGUUAUUUCAAAACUGACAGGUGUGUUUGGAUCAAGGAAAAAAGCUGUUCCAUUCACCCUGAAUUAAGCUGAAAAUUAAGUUAUUGGUUCCAUUGUCUGAAUGAUUGGCAGCUUGAGCUUUUCUCAGCAGACUAAAGUGCCUUUCUCGCUCUCUUCGUUUAGAAGCCACGUGCACGGUGGUUUACUUCGACGACUGCAUGUCGGUGCAUCAGUGCAAGAGCUCCUGCGAAUCUAUGGGAGCAUCAAAAUACCGAUGGUUUCACAACGCCUGCUGCGAAUGUAUUGGACCAGAGUGUAUAGACUAUGGCAGCAAAACUGUAAGAUGCACAAAUUGUAUGUUCUGAAGCCAGAAGCUGAAUCUUUUUUUUUUUUUCAUAGACACCAAAGUUAUUUUUUUAUUGAUAAAGAUUGAGCUUGGGAGGAUUGCUUGAGAAUGGAAUAGUUGCAACGCAGAGGAGAUGUACAAAAUCUUAAAACCUGUAAUUCCAACCCCGCUCCCUCUAAAUAAGGUAAUACAGUGUUAACUAGCAAAUGUGUGUUAAAUGUGUGUCUUAAAAUAUUAACCAGGCUUAUUAGAGUUUUCUUUGAUUUGAAUAUGCCAACUUACCGUAUGUACAGGAUCGUCUUGUUGAGGAGGGGAGCGUGAAACUUCACAGAAAUUGCAACUAGAUCCAGAAAUCUAUAAACUCUGGAAUUUCCCCAAAAUUUCAGAUUUGGACUGGCAUGUAGCUUGAUGCAGUGCGACACACAGAUUUCUAUCAUGAUAGGUAUUUUUGAAAGUAGGAUGGCAGUUACAUGAAAGUCUCCAUCCAUCACCAUUUGCUUAAAAGAAGGAAAGAAUCAAUAUUUUUUAGAUCAAAAUAUGGGUCCUCUUCUUUGUUUCUUGCUCUAAUUCAAAAAAGAGAACAUCCAUCCAUUGAAAAUUAAAAUAUAAAUCAUAGUGUACUCAGAAAUAACUGAUAUGUAAGCAGCAAGGAAGAGAUUUGGACGAAAUGCAGUUGUGUCAGGAUCUUUUGCUAUUUUUCUUUAUUAUGUACAAAUCUUACUGAGGCUCAAUAAAGUAUAUUUUUAAAAGCCAGCUAAUUCUAUUUUUAUAAAAUUUAUAUGCUUGACUCUUUGAGUUUCGCCCUCUUUUCUACUGUAGCUUUUAUAAUAUACUGUUUAGAGUUAAUGAGUUCAUCAAGUUACCAUGGCAAUCCUUACAUGGAAACCAUAGAUUCUUAGACUCACAGAAUUGUAGAGUUGGAAGAGGGGCCCCAUGAGUCAUCUAGUCUAACCCCCUGCAGUGCUCUUUCACACACAGGCAGUUUGUACAUGAUCCUAGGAAACACAAAUAGGUUGCACAGAGGGAGAAUGCUUUUGUUAUCCAGAAGCGUUUUACCAAGAAAAUGGUUGGUUCUCUUAAUUUUGAGCCAACAAUCAGCAAUAUGCAGAGUUGGCAUCCGUCGAGACAGCAGAAGAUUUCUUGAUUUUUAAAUUACUUUCGUACCAAUCCAACCCACCCUGCUACUUGUUGCCUUAAGAAUUUGGGACUGACCCAUCGACUAGAAUUGGUUGGCUUCUGUCUCAGGAGACAAUGGAGGAGUGCGCCUUUGGGGGUGAAGUCAGACCAUUGGAGAGUUAAAGCGCCUGCUGUGGCUGUAGAGACCGAUACAGGAGAGCCAUGUUUUGUUGCAGCUGGGGAAGAUGGAGGCGUCCAGCUGCUGCAGACGCACCAGGCCGUUUCUUCUCUGCUCUCCUCCAAGUGGUCAUUCCUCCUUUGGUCACACCACCUGGCUGUCUCCAGCCACUGUUACCCAAAGAAUUCUGGGAACUGUAGUUUUUUCAGGGAUGUAUACACACAAUGCAUCUAAAACACUCCCCCCAAAGAAUCAUGGGAACUGUAGUUUCCUCCCUACCGAACUACCAUUCCCAGCACCCUUAACAAACUAUAGCUCCCAGAAAUAUUUUUUUGUGGUGGACGUGUGUGCUUUCCAUGUAUGGUGUGAGCACAGCCUCGGUCUUGCCCUUAUCGUUUUUAAACCAAUCGUAAUUCUUUCUGUUUCAUGUCUGUAAAUCCUGAGACUUAUGUGAAAGGCAAUUCAUAAAUCAACAAAAAUUACGCCACCGCUUCCUUGAAAGAAGAAUCUCUUUCUUCUGUCUUGGAAUGUUUCCUAUUCUGCAAUAAAUGAUCUUGCAGAUCAGUAACGAGUUGGAUCUAGCCUAUUCAUUUUUCUUCUAUUGGAUAGAUAUCUUUGGCAAAACUAUGCAUACCAUGUGCUCAGUUGACCUACUAAAGCUUAGAAUUCUCUUUUCUGGCUGAUGGUAGUGACUAUAGACAUUAAUAGAAUAAUAACCCUACAUCUAAUAGCCUUCUUUCCUUGGGGAAAAUGGAACUCUCAGUUAAGCCUUCCCUCUUUUAGUUGCUGCUGUAUUUAAUGUGAAGCCACACUUUGAAAGGUGGAAAACAUAAAUGCAUUGUAAAACUUGGUACUGUCCAAUUCGUUGAUGAGGAAACUUAUGCAAAUUGGAUAAUGAAAGCUAAUUCAAUAGCUUUGAAGGUACGGAAAAUGUUUGACUUAAGAACAUUCUACCUGUAAAACACUGUUACCUUAAUGAAGUCAGGAUUUUCUGCGUAUGAAUCUGUUGCAGUGGAUUCACAGGAUUAUCCUAAUUGUAUAAAGACUUUAAAGAGGAAAAACUAGAUUUGAGGGUAGUUUUAUGUUUUGGUGAUAAAGAGACAUUUUCAAACCUUGAAAUAUUUCCUAUUAUGGACGGUCCAGUUGAUCUGUAAUAUUGUCAUUUAUAAUACUGCCUAGGAAACACCCUGCUGUGAGCUCUGUGUACAUACAGUGAAAUGAUUUAUAUCAGUAUUAAAUGCAUUUUCUUAUAUUUACCUGUUUCACUUGGUAUUUUAAUAAACAACACUGUUUAGCUGUGUG